CUGUGUGCACCUUUGAGCACUUCCGAUGCAGAUGCAGACUUGCUCUGGCCGGUCUGGAUUGAUAACGUUUGGCAAGGCAACCGGUGUGUACGGUUUCAGGAAACAUGGCAUGCAGGUUUUUAGGAAUACUUUGCUCUUUUCCUCAAAGAAUAUCUUCCUCUGGAGUGGUCCCCAGGAGGCAUUUCUCACAACCAGCUAUGAAUAAGUUAAAACACCUCUCGUACGAUAUGAAAGACUGCGUUGCAGUGGUGCGCAUCAAUUCACCCAAUUCUAAGGUGAACUCAUUGGGCAAGGAAGUUCUGGAGGAAAUGGGAACAGUGAUGAAGGAUGUGGAGACCAAUGGAGCCAUACGCAGUGUUGUCCUCUCCUCUAGAAAGCCUGGAUGCUUCAUAGCAGGAGCAGAUAUUGAGAUGUUGCAGAAGUGUGCUACAUCUGAGCAAGCCGCCCAGCUGUCUAAGGAAGCUCAGGUGUUUCUGCAACGGAUUGCCGACAGCCCAAAACCCAUUGUGGCAGCUAUUAUGGGUUCGUGCCUUGGUGGAGGCUUAGAGGUAUCGAUGGCUUGCCAUUAUCGGAUAGCAGUGAAAGACAAGAAAACCGUCUUGGCUCUUCCCGAAGUUAUGCUAGGCUUAUUACCUGGAGCUGGUGGUACACAACGACUUCCACAACUGGUUCAACUGCCAACAGCUCUUGACAUGAUGCUCACUGGACGCUCCAUUCGAGCGGACCGGGCCAAGAAAAUGGGCUUGGUGGAUCAGGUCGUAGAACCUUUGGGUCCUGGAUUAAUGCCCACAGAAGAGCGCAUGAUGGACUACCUCGAAGAAGUGGCUGUUGAAUCGGCCCAUGCUCUGGUUUCUGGAAACCUCAAGCCGAACAGGACCAGGCCUCUACCAGAAAGACUAUUAAGUGUGGCACUGAAGUAUCAGUUUGUUCGAGACAUGAUCUUUAACAAAGCUAAGGGCCAAGUAAUGAAGUUGACACAGGGUCUCUAUCCAGCACCGCUAAAGAUCCUGGAGGUUGUGCGUGCUGGCAUUGAGAAAGGCUCCAAAGUAGGCUACGAUGAAGAAUCCAGGGCCUUUGGUGAGCUGUGUGCUACUACGCAAUCGAAGGGUCUCAUUGGCCUCUACUUCGGACAAGUGACUUGCAAGAAGAACCGCUUUGGAAACCCUAAGGGAGAAGUCAAGUCAGUGGGCAUUCUUGGUGCAGGGCUAAUGGGUGCAGGUAUAGCACAAGUUACGGUUGACAAGGGGUUGAAAGUUGUCCUCAAAGAUACAACCAGUGCUGGUAUUGUGCGAGGCGAGCAGCAAGUGUACAAGGGCCUAAAGGACUCUGUCAAGAAAAAGCGAAUCUCACAGUUUGAGAGUGACCUCAUCAUGUCCAGACUGGAACCAACUCUUCAGUAUGAUCACUUCAGAGAUGUGGAUAUCGUCAUUGAAGCAGUAUUUGAAGACCUCAAAGUCAAACAAGCUGUGGUCAAGGAAUUGGAGAACUACAUUCCAGAACGGUGCAUCUUUGCAUCCAACACAUCUGCCCUCCCAAUCACCAAGAUUGCUGAGGCAAGCAAAAGACCAGACAAGGUGGUAGGAAUGCACUACUUCUCCCCUGUGGACAAGAUGCAGCUCUUGGAAGUGAUAACAACCGAAAAGACUUCCCAGGAAACGGCAGCCACAGCCGUCGCUCUUGGUCUCAAACAAGGCAAAGUAGUUAUCACUGUCAAGGAUGCACCAGGUUUCUACACAACACGAAUCUUGGCUCCUAUGUUGUCAGAAGCCAUGAGACUCAUGCAGGAAGGUGUAACAGUGAAAGAACUGGACUCAUUGACCAAGAAGUUUGGAUUCCCAGUGGGGGCUGCAACGCUCACUGACGAAGUGGGUAUCGACGUGGCUUCGCAUAUAGCGGAUUUCUUGGGAAAGACAUAUGGAGCUCGCUUUGGAGGAGGUGAUCCUGGAUUGCUCCAGGACAUGGUGGCUGCCGGUUACCUUGGACGGAAGUCUGGCAAAGGCUGCUACUUGUACACACCAGGAGUCAAAGACAGGCCUGUUAAUCCUGGGGCAGAAGAAAUCCUCCGGAAGUACACAGUGCCCAAAGUCUUAGAGAAUACUGUUGAGGAACUGCAAAUGCGUCUAGCCACACGUUUCAUCAACGAGGCCAUUCUAUGUCUACAAGAAGGCGUCUUAGCCACACCAGUGGAAGGAGACAUUGGAGCAGUGUUCGGCCUAGGCUUCCCACCAUUCCGUGGUGGCCCAUUCCACUUUGUUGAUACGUAUGGUGCAGACAAGGUCGUGCAAUGGAUGGACAAGUUUGCUCAGGCAUUCGGACCCCAGUUCCAGGCGUGCCAACUCCUCAGGGACCAUGCAGCUGACUCUUCCAAGAAGUUCCAUGCAAGAAACAAGUCUUCCUGAAUACCUGUGUUUUAGUUUCCUUGUACUUUAUAUUGGCACUGUAUAUAGUUUGGGCCACAACUGCCUCCUUUUAUAGCAGAUUGCAGUAUUUUUGAAGUGCUCAUCAUUAAAGGUGCAAAAAUGCA